AUGACAUUGGGCUCCGGUCUCGGUCUUGCUUCGGGUUCAGCGCUAGGUCUUGGCCCCGGGGCGGCUGGCGCUGGAUCGGCGGCUGGCAUGGGCACGGCUGCUGGGGGCAGUGCAGGGCACUUCUCGACUGCAGGGAACAUGUACGGCUCAGAGAUCCAGACACCGAGGAUAGGCGAGCGCCUGCCUAGGCACACACCAGUCUCGGUCGAUCCGCUCGGCGAGCCCAUCGACAUGAUCACAGAGCCCGGCGCGGCGGCGGCGUCGACCGCGUUCACCUUUGUCCAGUCGGACGAUGGCCCGCUGCUGGCAUCGUCGCUCUCGUUGGCCGACAUGCUCUCCGAGGACUACGGCGUGAGCGGGUGGCCCAAGCCUGAUCCGGCCAUGGACGUGUCCGACAACCUCGACCUCGGCAUGGUCCUCCCCUCCUCCCCUGCAGGCUCGUUCCUGGGCAUCGACUACUCGCCGAGCCGCCUUGCGCGGACAACUGCCACGUCGCACCUCGACCUGCAGCUGGCGGACAUUUUGCCGCCGCUGGACUUUUCCGGCGCCCUCGCCCCUCAGGCCCACCACGACUCGACUCUCUACUCGCGGGCACAGUACAACGACGACGUGUUUGCCGCCCGUGCGCCGUUCCCGGCCUCGCUCGCCCGCUCGGCACAACCGGCUUUUGCGCGCGCAAUCGACGCAGACACCCCCGGCUUCGGCGCCGCCGCUCCGGGUACCACCGGCCAGCCCUACCCCGAGGCCAAGGACACCAUCUCACCCGCCCGCCUCGCCGCCGAGCUCGGCGCCAUGGACAUCUCCACCGAGACGCCCUCCAACGCCGGAUGGACCAUCCCACUCUUCCUCCCGCUCGGUAACGACCCGGCGAGCGGACCGCUCGACGGCGGACCGCUCUCGCUCCCGCCGCGUGUCGCCUCGCCGCUCUCCUCGCUCGCCACAGCCGCCACCCUCUCGCCUCGACCGCCGUCAUCGGCCGCGCCGCACGAGCACGUCGCGGACUCCCCGCUCCCGCCUCUCGGCCCGCCGUCGGGCGGAAGCUCCGGCUCGCGGCCGCUCCCGCGUGAGACCCGCCGCGGCAACCAGUCGUACCUUGUCACCCAGUACGGCGAGUUCCCCAUCGACGACGACAUCCUCAUCUGGGAGCGCGAGAUCGGCCUCAUCUCUGUCUACGCCAACGGCACUGUCCGCCACAUCUCUGACGAGGAGCGCGCAAGCAGGCCCGAGCUCAAGUACGUCCGCUGCCACUACUGCGUCAACGGGUCGAACCCCAAGCAGAAGCGCUCCAAGUGGAUCACCAAGUGCCGCCACGUCGGCUGCCGCGUCUUCUACUGCCAGACCCACUACCCCAUGUUCUCGCGCGUCCGUGUCGUCAAGCCCGCAGGCCGCAAGCCGACCUCGGCUUACGAGGGCUUCCUCGCCCUCAAGAACUUUGAGCACACCCCCUUUGUUUGCCUCUACGACUUUGGCGAGUGCUGCUGCUCAGAGUCCAACUCAAAGUGCUCAGACGUCACAUCCAAGCAGUGCAAGACCUUUGGCCAGGCCUCGCACCGCUGCGAGAAGCAGCGCAACCUUGUAUGGAACAUGACCGUCCGCAAGCGGAACAAGUCCAAGAAGGCUACGUCCAAGGCCGCAAAGUCUGGCGGCAGCAGUGCCGCCGCAUCGGCCUCCUCCUCCUCGGCCUCGUACCGCAAGCGCGGCACUGAGCCGCCGUCCGAGGACGGCCGUAAGGCCAAGAAGCAGCGCAACCUGUGA